CACGCGUAUUACGAGGUCUAACGGGUAAAACUAGUGGUCUGACGUACUAUGCUCCUAAUCAUCGCAUCAUUACUUAUUUGCAUUAUCAUCAUCAUAAUUUUUUUCAUUUUCAUCAUCAUUUUUAUCUUUGAAAUGAGAACCUCCUUUUAGUCAACCGCACUCAUGAAAGUAUCACCUCAUAUGUAUUCUCCAAGGGCGUUCGCCUCCCAGAACUUUGGUAAUAACUCGAAUGAACUUUUUCCUCCCGAAUCGCUGUGUCACCGGGACGGCUGGAGGGGACUGAUGACCGAGGGACCACGGCACGGGCAGGCAGUCGAACUUUGGCACGGGUGCGGGCACAUCGGCGCCUACUCACUCGGCAGCACGGGCAAACAUGCCAGUGUCCGCGGCGCUGGAGGACCUGCUGCAGACGCAGGUGGGCGGGCCCGCCUGGGUGCGCGCGCUGGCCAGGGUGGGGUUGCUCUUCAACGCCGUGUGCCAGCUCGGGCUGCUGGUCGCCUUCGGCGUCAACCUGGACCGCGGCUCCAUGGACCGCGCUGCCGUCGCGCUCUUUUUCUUCCUCGGCUUCUUCUGCAUCAUGUACGGCCUCUGGACCCGCGGCGUGUGUGACGAGGCCAUGCGCCGCAGCCUGGUGCCGCUCCUGGAGGUGGCGCGGACCAUCGAGACGGACGCCCUCGCGCCCGGCGGGCUCGGGGCCCUCUACGAGAGCGCGGGCCUGCGGCGGAUGCGGCGGCUGGACAGCGUCAUGCCGCACCUCGUCCGGAUGGUGUGGUGGCAGGCGCCCACGGUGGCCUUUCUGCUGACGACCCUGUUCGUGGUGACGGGGCGCUACCCAGUGCCGCACUGGCCCGAGGGCAGCCACGGCCGCGACCUGGUGGAGCACGGCACUGUCGCGCUGCACUUCGUGCUCAUCGUCUUCGGCGGCCGCAUCUUCCUGGUGGUGUGCGGCUUGCACUGGAUGAGCUCGCUGUGCAUGGACUGCUGCCUGCACCUGCUCGCCGACCGGGCCGCGCGCGCCGCCUCCUGGACCGAGCUGGUUGUCGUCGUGCGCCUGCAUCAGCGCCUGCAGGCGGGCUUCGUCAGCGUGCAGGGCUUCUUCGCCGAGGACCUGUCCGUGAUGGCGCGCCUGAUCCUCUUCUUCGGGCUGAUCGGCGCGCUUCGUAUUGCGUUUGGCGUCAAGGACAUCAACAACAUUGUGAUUCUGACCAUCGUCUACUCGUACAUAGUCAUCGUGUGCAUUGCGGGUGAGAUGCAGGAGUCGGCCGGGGACGAGUUCCAUCACGUCAUCUGCGGCUGCCCCUGGGAGUCCUGGCGGGCCGCGGACCAGGGCAAGUUCCACCUGCUUCUGGGACGCACCGUGAAGCCGGCGCAGGUGCGGUUUCGCUACUUUGGGGCCAUGAAGUUGGACACGCUCUCUACCAUAUUCAACAACAUGUUCAAGUACACGCAGGUGCUAAGUGCGAGCCUCGGCGGCAAGAAGUGGACCACGGAAUAGAAUUAAAUAAUAAUUUAUUUACUUUUGUAAUAAA